UCGAUUUUUCCUCCUUAGCUCGUGUCUCGCAGUUCCACUUAUGCUCUGGCUGUCCGGAAGCACACGACGAACUCAGUCCGCCAUCUCCUCGGCCGGAGCAAAACCCUAAGACCCAUCAAGCCGACUCGUCGAAUUCCAUGGCCAAGAAGAGGAAAACCGUAGAACCCGAGCCCCAGCCACCUCCUCCGAAGGAGGAAUCCGAAGAAGAAGAAGAAGAAGAAGAAGAAGAGGACGAGGAUGAAGAAGAAGACGAAGAAGGGAGCGAAUCGUCAUCCGAAGAGCAGGAAGACGAAGAAGCGUCGGAAUCAGAAUCCUCCGAGGAAGAAGACGAGGCGUCGAAGCGAGAAACCAUCAAGCAACUCCUCGAGCCAUUCACCAAAGACCAGCUCAUCGCCAUCCUCAAGGAAGCCUCCGCGAACGACCCUUCUCUGCUCUCCGAGCUCAUCAAAUCGACCGAGUCGGACCCCGUUCACCGCAAGAUCUUCGUCCACGGCCUCGCCUGGGACACCACGGACGAGGCCCUGACCUCCGCCUUCAAGCCGUUCGGCCCGAUCGAGGAAUGCAAGGCCGUAAAUGAUAAGGCCACCGGCCGGUGCAAGGGUUACGGCUUCGUCCUCUUCAAGACGCGCGCCGCGACGCGGAAGGCCCUCAAGGAGCCGCAUAAGAAGAUCGGCAACCGCAUGGCCUCAUGCCAGCUCGCGGCCGCCGGUCCCCCAUCGGCGGCCCCAGUUUCGUCGGACGCGAGCUCGCGGAAGAUGUACAUUGCAAACGUGGCGCCACAGGUCAGCACGGAGAAGCUGCGGGCCUUCUUCGCGAAGUUCGGGGAGAUUGAGGAUGGGCCUUCGGGUAUGGAUAAAGUGACGGGUAAGUUUAGGGGUUUUGCUAUAAUUGUUUACAAGAGCCUAGAAGGUAUUAAUAAGGCAUUGGAAGAGCCUGUCAAGGAUUUUGAAGGCACGAGGUUGGAGUGCUCUCUUUUUGUGGAAGGUAGAAAUUCCAAAACCGUCAAGAAGGCUGCGCCCGCUGCAGCAGCCGUGGGGGGCGGUGCAGUAGGUGGUGCGGGCGCUUCAACGGCCCCAAACAAUAUCGGGUUUCAGAAUUUUCCGGCUGGGUUCAAUCAGGGAUUAGUCGGUCAGAAUUAUCACCCGGCGGCGGUUCUUUUGGGGCAGAAUGCGGGUUUGGGUUUAUUGAAUCCUUUUUUGGGAUUUGGCGGGGGUUCCUUAAACCAGGUGGUCAUGAACCCGUCAUUCCCAGGUGCAAUUUCUGCUCCUUUGAGCAGAAACACCGGCGCAUCAAUGGGAUUGAAUUCUGGUUUUGGCCUGCAACAGGAUAUUAAUAGCAUAAGCCCGAGUGUGAUCAGUGCAUAUAAUACUCAGGCUGCUUUGCAAGGGUUGGGUGCUUAUCAAAACUCCCAGUUGGGUCAGACCUCUGCUUUAGGGGCAUCAUCAGUAGGGAGAGGACAACCUGGUGCCGGAUCUGGUGGGUCGAAUUUAGGACGCUAGUGGUCAAAAGGAUUUGUCAGUCAAUGGGCCUUCACAGCUGCAAUGCUGUCUCAAAAACCAACCGAGGAGGAGUCGUCUCAAGAUGUUCACAAAAUCGAUCUGUACAUUGAUGCGACGAUGCUGUCUCUAGUCUGAGGUGAAGAUGCGUCGACGGUUACUUAUUUGUGUUGAAUUUGAAGUGUAGACCAACAAUUGGCGAGCUGUUCAUUGUGAGAAAGCUAUAUGAUUCUUGUUAGUUCU